AUGAAGCUUUCUCUUGUGUUUAGCGUGCUCGCAUCUGUAAUCGUUCUUGCUACAGCGUACCCUACUAUGCAGGGAGCUGGCAUCGUGAAACGUUCCUCUGUGGAGCAGCGCGACGAACUGAACGCAGAAGAUCGUAAGUAUUACGGAUAUGGGAAAAGGGAUGAAGAGAAGUUCGAUAACAUCGCGAAGCGUUCCUCUGUAGAGCAGCGCGAGGAACUGAACGCAGAAGAUCGUCCGGCAUCGCCGCAGUCUCACCCACAAGAAACUUCCCUGUACAUCUACAUCCUUACCUGA